ACCGUUUGAAGUCGCAACUCAUAAAAGUCGCUCCAACCUCGUCUCCAUUAGCCGCCGCCUCGCUGCUUCUGUUCUGCGUAACUCGACGUAGGCGAUAGAAAGAAGACACAGAGAAGGAGAGCGAGGGCCGCUGCGCAUAAUCAAAAACCGUUUUGUGCGAUUUUUAGGGAAGCGAUGGAGAAGGGAAAGAGCAGGGAAGUGACCGUCUCAGCUCUGCAGUUCGCCUGCACAGAUGACGUCUCCACUAAUGUCGCCACCGCUGAGAGGUUGGUGAGAACGGCUCAUUCGAAGGGUGCAAACAUUAUUCUUAUUCAGGAAUUGUUUGAGGGGUAUUACUUCUGUCAAGCACAAAGUGAAGACCAUUUCCAGCGAGCUAAGCCGUAUAAAGAUCACCCUACUAUUCUGAGAAUGCAAAAGCUUGCUAAAGAACUAGGGGUUGUAAUACCGGUUAGCUUCUUUGAAGAGGCCAACAAUGCCCAUUACAAUACCAUAGCCAUAAUUGAUGCUGACGGGACUGACCUUGGGAUCUACAGAAAGUCUCACAUUCCUGAUGGACCAGGUUACCAGGAGAAGUUUUACUUCAAUCCAGGAGAUACUGGCUUCAAGGUUUUCCAAACAAAGUUUGCAAAGAUCGGAGUAGCUAUAUGUUGGGAUCAAUGGUUUCCCGAGGCAGCCCGGGCUAUGGCUCUACAAGGUGCCGAGAUACUGUUCUACCCCACUGCAAUUGGUUCUGAACCUCAAGAUGAUGGGCUUGAUUCUCGUGAUCACUGGAAGCGAGUGAUGCAAGGCCAUGCUGGAGCCAAUUUGGUACCUUUAGUGGCAUCAAACCGCAUUGGAAAGGAAAUAAUAGAGACUGAGCAUGGGAAAAGUGAGAUUACAUUUUACGGGAACUCAUUCAUAGCAGGGCCGACCGGAGAAAUAGUUGAAGGUGCCAAUGACAAAGAUGAAGCUGUUCUUGUGGCAAAGUUUGAUCUCGAUAAAAUCAAGUCCAAGAGACAUAGUUGGGGAGUAUUCCGUGAUCGGCGUCCAGAUCUAUACAAGGUGCUUCUGACUUUAGAUGGCAGUAACCCAUCUCUGUAAUUUGGUGAUGCUUCAUUAUGAAUUUAUCAUAACUAUUUAUUUCAGAGGUUAUCUCUUACAGUUAAAAGUGUGUAUUUCUUACAUGAAUUGGAGCUUCUGCUCAAUAUAUAAAAUGAAUUGGG